CGAUAUGCCACAUACAGUGCACUAGUCCCUUUCCGGGAUCGGGGCACGAUCUGCCCAAAUCUCACGUGAUCGUACCGCCCGAAGAAUUUGUCCCGCUUGUCCCAAAUGAGUCACUACUGCACAAGACUUGUGGUGCAGAAAGUGGGAUGCCCACCACUGGCUGCUGAAUGCUGCUACACCUGCUGGCCCUCCCUCGCACCACCUCCCCUCUUUCCCGCCCAGCAUUUGCUGCUCUUCGAUCAUCUAACGGUCUUCUACUUGCUAGACGAUCAAUCAUGUCCGAGUCAAAGCCGGGAAGAAAGGAGGCGGCAGAGAAGGCGCGCGCCGACAAGGCUGCCAAGUUCGCAGCCAAACAGGCCAAGUUGAAGCAGCAGACCUCGACGAAGACCCAGGCUCAGCCCAAGAAGGUCGUCGAAGCCCUCCCCGCGUUCGAGGACCCGACCCCGCUCGGCGACAAGAAGGUGCUCCAGUCGUUCGAAGACGCCCAUUUCACCGCCUACAAUCCCCAAGCCGUUGAGUCGUCCUGGUAUUCCUGGUGGGAGAAGAGCGGUUUCUUCCGCCCAGAGGCUCUUGGUGACAGGGAGCCCGCUGGAACCUUUGUCAUCCCUCUUCCCCCGCCGAACGUGACCGGCGCUCUGCACUGCGGUCAUGCCCUUGCCAACUCGCUGCAAGAUACUCUGAUCCGAUGGCACAGAAUGAAGGGUUUCUCCACCCUGUGGGUUCCAGGAUGUGACCACGCCGGUAUCUCGACCCAGUCUGUUGUCGAAAAGAUGCUGUGGAAGAAGGAGAAGAAGACUCGCAUGGACCUCGGCCGCGAAGAUUUCACCAAACUUGUCUGGGAAUGGAAGGGCGAAUACCACCAGCGUAUCAACAACGCGCAGAAGCUCAUGGGCGGUUCGAUGGACUGGACUCGUGAACGCUUCACCAUGGAUGAGAAGCUCACUGCCGCUACCAUGGAGACCUUUUGCCGUCUAUUCGAAGAAGGUUUAAUCUAUCGUUCCGAUCGCCUGGUUAACUGGUGUACUCACCUCAACACUGCUCUGAGUGGCCUCGAGGUCGAAAACAAGGAAAUCCCCGGUCGUACUCUUCUGUCCGUUCCAGGCUAUGAGAAGAAGGUGGAGUUCGGUGUCUUGACUCACUUCAAGUAUCAGAUCGACGGUUCUACCGAGACAAUCGAGGUUGCUACCACGCGUCCCGAGACGAUGCUGGGUGACUCCGGUAUUGCCGUCCACCCCGAUGAUGCGAGAUAUACCCAUCUUGUCGGCAAGUUCGCGCGCCAUCCUUUCACUGGUCGUCUUUUGCCGAUCAUCAAGGACACCUACGUGGACCCGGAGUUCGGUACCGGUGCUGUCAAGCUGACCCCCGCCCAUGACUUCAACGAUUACCAGCUCGGCCAGCGUCACAACCUUGAGUUCAUCAAUAUUCUCAACGAGGACGGCACUCUGAAUGCGAACGCAGGUCCAUUCAAGGGACAGAAACGAUUCGAUGCUCGUUAUACUGUUGUGGAGGAAUUGACUAAGCUGGGCCUCUUCGUCAAGAAGGAAUCGAACCCAAUGAAGAUUCCGCUAUGCGAGAAGUCCAAGGAUGUCAUUGAGCCUUUGAUUAAGCCUCAGUGGUGGAUGCGCAUGAAUGAUAUGGCCGAUGCAGCUGUGCAGGCCGUGGAACAAGGCAGGAUCACCAUCGCCCCGGAGUCGGCCAAGAAGUCUUACUUCCGUUGGAUGUCAUCUGUCAACGAUUGGUGUAUUUCCCGUCAACUCUGGUGGGGUCACCGUAUUCCCGCUUACCGGGUCAUCUUUGACGGUGAGAGCGCAGAGGAUACUCUUCAGUCAACCUGGGUUGUUGGCAAGACUCCGGAAGAGGCUCAGUCGAAAGCCGAAGCACGCUUCCCCAACAAGAAGUUCCGUCUGGAGCAGGAUCCCGACUGCUUGGAUACAUGGUUUAGCAGUGGUCUUUGGCCCAUGGCCACUCUCGGCUGGCCGAACGCCGAAAGCAGCGACCUCAAGAAAUUUUUCCCUACCAGCCUGCUUGAAACUGGAUGGGAUAUCCUUUUCUUCUGGGUUGCUCGCAUGAUCAUGCUGUCGCUCAAGCUCACUGGCGAGGUUCCGUUCAAGGAGGUCUACUGUCACAGCUUGAUCCGUGAUUCCGAGGGUAGGAAGAUGAGCAAGUCUCUUGGCAAUGUUAUCGACCCUCUGGAUAUCAUCAGGGGUAUCGAGCUUGAUGCUCUCCACGCCAAGCUCCUCGUGGGCAACCUUCAAGAAGAUGAAAUUGCUCGGGCCACGAAAUACCAAAAGUCGGCCUUCCCUGGCGGUAUCCCUGAGUGCGGAGCGGACGCCUUGCGUUUCACCCUGCUUUCUUACACCACCGGAGGUGGCGACAUCAACUUCGAUAUCAAGGUGAUGCACGCCUACCGUCGCUUCUGCAACAAGAUCUGGCAAGCCAGCAAGUACGUUCUGGGUCGUCUUCCCGAGACCUUCGUGCCAAACAGCUCGAUCGACACCUCGAAGCUUUCGCUGCCCGAGCGCUGGAUCCUUCACCGCAUGAACGUCGCUGUCAAGGGUGUCAAUGAGGCCCUGGAAGCUCGUGAAUUCUCUAAGAGCACCAAGAUCAUUUACCAGUUCUUCUACGAUGAACUCUGCGACGUUUUCAUUGAAAACAGCAAGGCCAUUCUUUCCGAUGGUACCCCUGAAGAGCAGGCCAGCGUCCAGCAAACUCUGUACGAGACGUUGGACGCCGCUCUGAGACUUCUCCACCCCAUCAUGCCUUACAUUUCGGAGGAGUUGUGGCAGCGCCUGCCCCGCAGACAGGGCGACAGCACACCCACGAUCAUGCUCGCCUCUUACCCCAGCUUCAAUUCAGCCCUGGAAUUUGAGGCUGAUGCGCUCGAGUACGAGCUCGGACUGAUGUGCGCGCAAGGUAUCCGCUCUCUUGCUUCCGAGUUCAACAUCCGUUCCAACGGACGUGCUUUCGUCAAGACGUCGACUCCCGAGAGCUUCGCCAGCAUCGAGCCCCAGAUGGCGGCCAUCAAGGCUCUUUCUGGAAAGGCUAUUUCCGAGCUGACUGCCCUUGGACCGGAGAGCGCGGCCCCCAAGGGCUGCGCUAUCUUCGUCAUCUCGGCGGAUAUUGUUGUUAUGGUUGACGCUGCUGCUGGUAUCACGGAUAUCAAGGCUGAGAUUACCAAGCUGCGCUCGAAGCUGCAGAAGAGCCACGGUGUGAUCGACAAGCAGAAGGAGUUACUCGCGCGCGAGGGUUUCGAGGAGAAGGUCAGCGAGGUGGUCCGCAGUGCUGAAAUCAAGAAGUUGGCCGAUGCGGAGGCCGCUACGGAGAACUACAAGCGGACGAUUGAGGAGUUCGAGAAGAUGAGCCUGGAGAGCGCUGGGUCUGCAUAGGAGCAUAGAUAAGAUAGGACAUUGGCAGUCUAGACUUGUCACCCAUUUAAAAUCAACAUUUCCCCUUUUUUUUCAUAUCGCUAGCUGUAUUUGACUAUAAAUGGCCCAAACCCACUCCAACC